ACCGCGCAUUCUUCAAGGCCUGGCGGACGACUUCGGCAAUGGACCGUCCUGCUGCCUCGUGCUGAACGUCUGAAGUGUAUGGCCCUUUGCAAAGCGGCCGCCGAACCCUCCAAAGGAAUUACUUGGCAUAUCCUGAUCUCCGCCGUCUUCUGUUACCUAUAUCUCACCCAGCUCCACUCACCGCCGGCAAAUUGCCGUCGAAAAUCGAAGUUCCAUAUUUCACGGUGCCUCUCUCCCAGCAGUUUCGAUUCGAAAAAAAAUGAAGCCCCGUGCAGCCUUCCACCUGGAGAAAGCCGGCUUACCGGUGUAUGGAGGGGAUGUUCUCACAGGUCUUUUGGAAGUUGAAGCAAUAGACAAUACCAUCAAAAGCAUGGAAGUGCAGUGCUUGGGUGUUAUCCAGUUCGCCAACGCCGCCAAUCUACCGCUAGGCACUAUAGUAAAGCAGGCGGCCACCCCGGAGGACGUUAGGCAUGUUCUUUUCCGACAAGUCAUGGCACUUCCUGUGCACCAAGGUUCACAAUUCUAUCCGUUCAACUUCCCGCUGGUCAUGACAACUGGGGACCCCUAUCUGCCGUCGUCCAUCAACACGACACAUUUGUCCAUCACGUACCUUCUUGUGCUCACGCUAUUGAGAUCGUGGCCGCGGGAGAACUUGAUGCGCUAUCAUAAGUUCACAGUUGCCGCAAGGCACGACACCAAUCUGCCGCUGUAUCGGAUCCCGCAAUCGGCUUCUAGGGACUGUGAUGUAGGAGUUCUGGGGAGGUUCAAAAAGGGGACCGUAGAAGCGAGAGUUUCCAUUCCGAGGAGCGCCUACUGCAAAGGUGAUAGGAUUCCCAUUCGGUUGCAAAUGAAUCAUUUAGCGAACGUCAAGCGUGUGACCAAAGCGACUGUUGCUCUGAAGCGGGAAAUCCGUUGGGUCUGCAAGAAAGCUACAGUCAAUCCAUUACAUGCAGCAAUGUGCGCUCCCCCAGACUCGGGCUGCGCUAAAACUCGGUAUAGUGCUGCAACUAUUGGGGAGGCUGCGCUGCAACUUGACAUCAAACCUGGGGCCGUGAAUGUGGAUAUGAAAGCGUAUUAUCACCUAGAUCCGCUGAGUUGCCCUCCGCAUGAAAAACCGCGGAAACCGCUCCCUCCGCCUGUCAAUCCGGUUCUGCAUCAUUCAGAUUUCUUUCCUUGGAGCACCGACCCGACUGCAGACAACUCCGUCGACGUCUCGUAUCAGCUUCUUGUUGAGCUUCAAAUUGGAGGCAGUGGUGGUGCCAAGGAGGAGAAAGCAUCAAGCAAAAAUCUGACGACGGACGCAACGCACCUGGUGGCCACAAAAAAAGGAAGUGAUAGCGACGCAUCCAUUCUGGAUGGGGCCCUCAGUGGGUCGAAAAAGGUGCUGCAGUUCAGCUUCCCGAUUACGAUCGGAAAUGUUCCGUUUAUCGACGACGAGCCGAGUUCGCUCCCUCAGGAACGAUUGUACAAUCCUCCACCACAUGCCCCGCCUCCCGCACCCCGACCUGUCCCUGCGCCUCCUGUGCUCCCAAAUCGUCCGCCGAUGCCGCCGCAACCGCAACCCUCACCUUCUACUCCACCACUGUUUGUGAUGCAGAAACCAAACCCAAGCGCCCCACCGGCGCCCUUCAUGCGAUCGGUCAGUGAAUCUGCCAUCGCGUCGACCGCCAACUUGUCUCCAACAAGUCUGGGAACAGCUAUGCCCCCAAUAAUAAUGCCCCGCGUUCCACACCAAGCUAGAUCCUUGCCUCCGAUACCUCUAGAGGCUUCUAGUGCGACUAGCACCACGCAGCCUGCUGUUACUCGACCAUUACAUGCACCCCCAUCGUCAACAAUAGCAGCUGCAACCCUCACGAAAAUCAGAGGGGGUCGCCCUAUGUACCCUCCGCCGCCAGCCAUCGUCCCACGUCACACCAACUCGUCGAACUUUACGCCGUCAACGCCGUCCACACCAUACUCGCAACAGUCGUCGCCCCCAGCAGACGAUGAACUAUCUUCAUACUUCUCAUCAUCACCGGUGCAGUCCCCAUCCCUGUCGUCCAGCUUUUCCCAGCCGAGGCACGCGGCCCCGUCUGUGAUUUCGCUCGCUUUCACACCCACUGCCCCGGCGGAAAAUGAGAACCACGAAGUGGGUCGAGGUUCACUGUUGGCACCUGCUGCUGAAUGCAGGGAGCAGGAUGGACAAGAAGCGUUUGGCGCUAAUGAUGCUAGCAUGCAGGCCGCCGAUGACGAGUGGGAUGUACAGGAGGGAGAGGCUCCGCCGCCUUAUACUUUGUUUGCGUAGUUCUUGGCGAACAGUUCUUUUUACUUUUUGGGCAAGAUUGCUGGACAUGACUAGUGUAGGUUAGAUAGGAAUCAUUUGCAAAAUUUCCCAAUCGAUUAUGGUGCAUGGGGACCUCGCAUCCAUGCUC